AUGGAAGUAAGUAUUAGGGUUACUGUAUGUACUUAUAAUAAACAAUUUUCAGUUGUCAUCAAUUGUACUGGAUGCAUAUGUAAUCAUAUUUUUCAUACUUUUCAUCUGCAUAAACAUCAUUGGAUGUGGUAAAAAGAAGACAGGAAGCGAAGCAUCGAAAUCUGCAUCAUCUUCAAUGGCAGUAUCAACAAGUGCAAAUCCAUCACCAUCUGCUGCAGCUCCAGCACCUUCGGCUGCGCCAGCCGCUGCUCCAAAAUCUGCGGCUCCUGAAGCGCCGAAAUCGACAGCACCGGCAGCUCCAGCAGAUGCUGCGAAAUCAUCGAAAUCCAAGAAGGCGAAGUCUUCGAAAUCGAAAAAGGAUAAGAAACCAGCAGAAGAUGAUGGAGGUUAUGAGAAUUGUGCUGAUAUGACACCUGAAGAAUUGAAAAAAAUUGCCGAUGGAGCAAAAUAA